CCCUGUGACGACACACAGUUUGUACUUUUGCGUCAUCAUAUCAAGCUGGGCGUUCAAACCGGACGGACGUGUAAACUGGGAUGUCAAGAUUGUAGAAACAUUAUUAUAUUUUUCAAAUGUUUCUAAUAUCAAGGAUAUAAAGAGUACAAAGUAAAUUAGGGUCCCUCAUCUGUCGCCGCCAACAUGGCGUCGGAUGAACAAUUUUCACUAUGUUGGAACAAUUUCCACGCCAACAUGUCAGCAGGCUUUCACGGCCUGCUGUCGCGUGGAGAUUUAGUUGACGUAACGCUAGCUGCCGAGGGCAGGUUACUUCAAGCACAUAAAUUAGUUUUAUCGGUAUGUUCGCCGUAUUUUCAAGAAAUGUUCAAAAUGAAUCCUACUCAACAUCCCAUAGUAUUUUUAAAAGAUGUUAGUCAUUCGGCUUUAAGAGACUUAUUACAGUUUAUGUAUCAAGGUGAAGUUAAUGUUAAACAAGAAGAAUUAGCUACAUUUAUUAGUACCGCGGAACAACUUCAAGUGAAAGGUUUAACCGGUAAUCAAAAUGAAGAAAGUUCCACGCCAUCCAAACCAAAGCCGACCUCAAGGCCAGGCCCUAGGUCGUCACAUCAAAGGCAAUCUGUUAAGUUAGAGACUGAAUUAGAAUCUAAGCCCUCAACUCCAGUAGCUAUUAAGAGAACAAAUAGGCCGUCAAUAGCAUCAAAUAAUUCUUCAUCAUCUCAAAGUGGACCAGCUAAACGGAAAUGUAUCGAUCCCUUGGAAGCCGGGCCUUCUGGCUCGGUUAAAGAGGACUUUGUAACGAUACCUGACGAGGAUGAAAAUAACGCUGUGGCACCGAAAAUGGAACCUGAAUUUGUAAAUGAAAGUAUGUGGGAUGAAGAUGACGAUGGCGCUAAUAAUGACGAGACUAACUUUGGCGAAGACGAUUCUAAUAUGGACAUGGCUGGCUUUGAUGGCUCUACGACUGGCGAUGGCACUAUCUCUGCGGGUGGGGAGGGUGGUGCUGUCGGCGAUGCACAAGCACGUUUUAUUCGAGCGGGAAAAGGAAGACUUUUGCUACACAAAGGUUACACCUUUCGUCUGAAAAACAACUUGGCACAUGGCAGGAAGCAAUGGUACUGCUCAUCCCGCCUCACAUCACGAUGUUUAGCUGAUGUCAAUACGGAAGGCCCGGAAGGUUUCGAACGCAUAGUGCGUUCACGGUACUCUCAUAACCACGCUCCGCCCAAUGUACGGCGUUUUGCCGACGGGCGUUACGUUGUACGUACACCACACCAGAGCGGUCAUCGUGCACCGGCUCCCUACGAUCCUCAUUCACAACUUUUACAACUGCAGCAGGCGUUGGCUCUUUAUGCAUCAACCGCGUAUGCCUCGGCUUCCGCCAACGCUACAGCCGCUGUCACUGCUGCUACAGGCGGCAACGGCCAACAGGCCUCGCCAAAUGCAUUGACAGCUUCCACUCAACAUCAGCCAACGGCUAAACCCUUACUUGUUGACACUCCUCUUAAGGAGGAAAAUUAAUGACUCGAAAUGAUAAUGACGACUAGUUGUUAACUUUGAGCUCUCUUUGAUUGCGCAACUAAAGCACUAGAUCACGAAACGUUAUUUACGGUUAUUUAUCACGUUAUCAAAUCGAAAAAUAUUUUAGAAGCGUUUUAAAAAUUACAUGAAGCGUAUAUGUAAUCAAAUUUUAGAAUAAUUAUAAUAUUGCAUAGGUUAUAAGGGGAUAAGGAAGGAGAAUAUUUAAAGAAUGGCUUCGUUGGAUAAAAUUAGUCGGUAACGUGGACGUAAGUGUUGAAAUCUUGCAUGUAUGGCAUAGGUGUUGUGAUUUCAUGGAUUUUGCGACUACGGUAACAACUUAGACGAUUAGACGGUCUUUUCGAGGUCUAUGAUAAUGUUAUCCGUAUAGCUGGUGUGGGUUAUUUAUGGAAUGAAUAGAAAAUCGAAAGCGUUGAGUAUAAAUAAAUAAAUGAAAAUAUCUAAGUAAUCGGGAGUGCUUUCUGUGUCAUGAUAGGAAUCACAUUUUUUGUGCACGAAGGUAAAGAUUAGAUAAUCAAUGGAAGCACCUCCGAUGAAUCCUGAACAACCUGUUUGCUGAAGUUUAAAUUAGUGGGAGCUUAGAUAUUUACAUUCAUAAAUUUCGUAAUGUAAUGUAAGAUAGAUGGUUAAUAUCUGGAAAUUGGCUCAGUUUAGUGUUUGGUUUAAUUAUUGCUCAUCCAUCUGAGCAGCAUCAUCAGAAUGGAUUAGGACGAUAUAGGCAAGUUGGUCAACACGUGAGGUAGGUUUCAGAACUCGAGAAGGACCGAAAGUUAUUUGCGAUCGAAACGGGUGCGUAGGAACUGUCUGGCAGUGUGUACUGUCAGAAACGUGGAGGAGACUGAAUACGCGAACUCGGUUCGGAUUUUAGCAAUGGGGAUCCCUCAACUGUACUUAGAAAUAUUUAUUUAUUUUGAGAGAUAUUAUAACUUUACAUAUUUCAAGUUGCUAUUUAGACAUUAGACGUCCGCCUCUUUAUCUAUAAGAAUUUGCUGGGUUUUUACUAAUGCAAAUGCCUACCUACUAGCGUGUGCAAGCGCGACAUUCGUUGUGAGCGCGCAAACUCCUACCGAUGUUGUGCUCCUUAGAAUGGAUUUAAGUACUUAAGAACACUCAUCUACCUCUUCACUUUUUAUACGGGUUUACAGAUUAGUUUAAUUAUACAAUUUUAUACACGAAUAAAUACUCAGAAGCUUUACUCGAGUAAGGUGUUAGGUUAGUUUAGGUUAGUCGUAGAGUAUCGGGCGCGUCGGGGCAGUUCUCUGCGCAGGGUCCGGCGUUGCCGCUAUUACCUUAAUAUUAUUGUAACUCAUCUACCUCUUUGAAUAGUUUUAACUGUACUGGAAUGUUUGCUGUUGAUGUCUUUAAUGUGGAUAAGUUCUGAGACUGUUGUCUAAUAUAUUUUAUUAAUUGUUUUCGGAUGAUAAUUUGUUACUUAUCGAAUUUUUCAAUAAUGUGAAUUAUCAUACGUAUCUUAAGACUCUGAUUUAAGUACAAAUUUUUACUAAUUUUUUUAUUGUUAUUAAAUACUUUAGGUAUACACGGUUUUGAUUUAAACAGUUUUAGCAAUUUCUAGACUAAUAAAGCUAUAUAGUUCGUGUCAAAUGGUAGAAAACUAAUAUUUUAUGUUUAUUAAUUAUUAAGGUAUUUAAAACUGAUUAGAUUGAACUUGUUUCAGUAAGUGGAGAAAUAAUAUUGAGACUGAGACCAAAACAUUUAGAUUUAAUUAAUAGUAAUAAUUUGCGCACGUCACAGUAUACUUUAGUUAAAAUAGUAAUAUAACACCCGUUUGACACGACCUAUUGUACCUGAUGCACUAGAUAUGUAUGCCAAACAACGAGUAUGUACUUGUAAGGCCGUGGCGAUGAACAAGAGUAAUUCGUAUUUGACCAAAACAAUUUCAUAUAGGCCUCAGCAAGUGAUUUGGCAAGAUUUUUCGCGAUGAUUCAGAAAGUAGUAACGAGGUCUUAACGACUUGCGCAUCUUACCAAUUUAUUUGCCGGGAACUAAAACUUUUCACAGAUAUUGUCAAUUAAAGCGAUUAUUUCAAGUGCAAUUCCCCGAUUUGCAGAUAGGUUAAAAUAAUAAAUGAAACGAAUUUAUCGUAUUUCUUCGCGUGUUGAAUGUUGUAGCUGUAAUGCCGUUUGAAUGUAAUGUUAGAGAAUCUCACGGAAGGUACUUCAAAUACUAUCGCCACAGCCACUUUAGGGCCCAGUAUAUUGUAAGUUUUAAUAUCUUUAUCUACCUCAUUUAUGAUAACUGUACCUUCGAGUCUUAUAGUGUAAUUUUGUAUUUACCAUUAUAAUAUUAAGAUUUUUGGGUUUAUGUAUGGGGUAUGUUUUGUGAAAUAUUAAAUCGUACUUAUAAAUAA